UGCUCUGCUCCAGAGGCAGUUGAAUGUAGAGCAAAACAAUACCCUGGACUUCAGAUCUCUCAUCUUGGCCAAGACGUGACUUGCAAUCCAUCCGUUGGACUGAUUUGUCAAAACAAUAUGCAAGGUCUUCAGCAAAAGUGCUUCGAUUACGAGAUUCGAGUGAAAUGUUGUCAAUGUGGAACCACAACACACAUCCCAUCCACCACAACAACAACAGUUCCUCUUGUCACUACUCCUAUAACUUUAACAUCGACACCUCCAGCUACAACAAAAACAACGACUCAGACUCCCAGCCCUAGACCAACUCCAACCACUACUCCUACAUCAACCUCAACAGGAGUAACACCUACCCAAUGCAGUGGUGAAGAAAAAUGUGUGUGGUCAGACUGGAUCAACCUUGGUCAGCCAACGUCUGGCUCUGAAGGUGGAGAUAAUGAAUCCAUUAAGAACAUCAUUGCUGCUGGUUAUCACAUUUGCUCUGCUCCAGAGGCAGUUGAAUGUAGAGCAAAACAAUACCCUGGACUUCAGAUCUCUCAGCUUGGCCAAGACGUGACUUGCAAUCCAUCCGUUGGACUGAUUUGUCAAAACAAUAUGCAAGGUCUUCAGCAAAAGUGCUUCGAUUACGAGAUUCGAGUGAAAUGUUGUCAAUGUGGAACCACAACACACAUCCCAUCCACCACAACAACAACAGUUCCUGUUGUCACUACUCCUACACCCACUACUACAACUUUAACAUCGACAGCUCCAGCUACAACAAAAACAACGACUCAGACUCCCAGCCCUAGACCAACUCCAACCACUACUCCUACAUCAACCUCAACAGGAGUAACACCUACCCAAUGCAGUGGUGAAGAAAAAUGUGUGUGGUCAGACUGGAUCAACCUUGGUCAGCCAACGUCUGGCUCUGAAGGUGGAGAUAAUGAAUCCAUUAAGAACAUCAUUGCUGCUGGUUAUCACAUUUGCUCUGCUCCAGAGGCAGUUGAAUGUAGAGCAAAACAAUACCCUGGACUUCAGAUCUCUCAUCUUGGCCAAGACGUGACUUGCAAUCCAUCCGUUGGACUGAUUUGUCAAAACAAUAUGCAAGGUCUUCAGCAAAAGUGCUUCGAUUACGAGAUUCGAGUGAAAUGUUGUCAAUGUGGAACCACAACACACAUCCCAUCCACCACAACAACAACAGUUCCUCUUGUCACUACUCCGACACCCACUACUACAACUUUAACAUCGACAGCUCCAGCUACAACAAAAACAACAACUCAGACUCCCAGCCCUAGACCAACUCCAACCACUACUCCUACAUCAACCUCAACAGGAGUAACACCUACCCAAUGCAGUGGUGAAGAAAAAUGUGUGUGGUCAGACUGGAUCAACCUUGGUCAGCCAACGUCUGGCUCUGAAGGUGGAGAUAAUGAAUCCAUUAAGAACAUCAUUGCUGCUGGUUAUCACAUUUGCUCUGCUCCAGAGGCAGUUGAAUGUAGAGCAAAACAAUACCCUGGACUUCAGAUCUCUCAGCUUGGCCAAGACGUGACUUGCAAUCCAUCCGUUGGACUGAUUUGUCAAAACAAUAUGCAAGGUCUUCAGCAAAAGUGCUUCGAUUACGAGAUUCGAGUGAAAUGUUGUCAAUGUGGAACCACAACACACAUCCCAUCCACCACAACAACAACAGUUCCUGUUGUCACUACUCCUACACCCACUACUACAACUUUAACAUCGACAGCUCCAGCUACAACAAAAACAACGACUCAGACUCCCAGCCCUAGACCAACUCCAACCACUACUCCUACAUCAACCUCAACAGGAGUAACACCUACCCAAUGCAGUGGUGAAGAAAAAUGUGUGUGGUCAGACUGGAUCAACCUUGGUCAGCCAACGUCUGGCUCUGAAGGUGGAGAUAAUGAAUCCAUUAAGAACAUCAUUGCUGCUGGUUAUCACAUUUGCUCUGCUCCAGAGGCAGUUGAAUGUAGAGCAAAACAAUACCCUGGACUUCAGAUCUCUCAUCUUGGCCAAGACGUGACUUGCAAUCCAUCCGUUGGACUGAUUUGUCAAAACAAUAUGCAAGGUCUUCAGCAAAAGUGCUUCGAUUACGAGAUUCGAGUGAAAUGUUGUCAAUGUGGAACCACAACACACGUCCCAUCCACCACAACAACAACAGUUCCUCACGUCACUACUCCUACACCCACUACUACAACUUUAACAUCGACAGCUCCAGCUACAACAAAAACAACAACUCAGACUCCCAGCCCUAGUACAACUCCAACCACUACUCCUACAUCAACCUCAACAGGAGUAACACCUACCCAAUGCAGUGGUGAAGAAAAAUGUGUGUGGUCAGACUGGAUCAACCUUGGUGAGCCAACGUCUGGCUCUGAAGGUGGAGAUAAUGAAUCCAUUAAGAACAUCAUUGCUGCUGGUUAUCACAUUUGCUCUGCUCCAGAGGCAGUUGAAUGUAGAGCAAAACAAUACCCUGGACUUCAGAUCUCUCAUCUUGGCCAAGACGUGACUUGCAAUCCAUCCGUUGGACUGAUUUGUCAAAACAAUAUGCAAGGUCUUCAGCAAAAGUGUUUCGAUUACGAGAUUCGAGUGAAAUGUUGUCAAUGUGGAACCACAACACACAUCCCAUCCACCACAACAACAACAGUUCCUCUUGUCACUACUCCUAUAACUUUAACAUCGACAGCUCCAGCUACAACAAAAACAACGACUCAGACUCCCAGCCCUAGACCAACUCCAACCACUACUCCUACAUCAACCUCAACAGGAGUAACACCUACCCAAUGCAGUGGUGAAGAAAAAUGUGUGUGGUCAGACUGGAUCAACCUUGGUCAGCCAACGUCUGGCUCUGAAGGUGGAGAUAAUGAAUCCAUUAAGAACAUCAUUGCUGCUGGUUAUCACAUUUGCUCUGCUCCAGAGGCAGUUGAAUGUAGAGCAAAACAAUACCCUGGACUUCAGAUCUCUCAGCUUGGCCAAGACGUGACUUGCAAUCCAUCCGUUGGACUGAUUUGUCAAAACAAUAUGCAAGGUCUUCAGCAAAAGUGCUUCGAUUACGAGAUUCGAGUGAAAUGUUGUCAAUGUGGAACCACAACACACAUCCCAUCCACCACAACAACAACAGUUCCUGUUGUCACUACUCCUACACCCACUACUACAACUUUAACAUCGACAGCUCCAGCUACAACAAAAACAACGACUCAGACUCCCAGCCCUAGACCAACUCCAACCACUACUCCUACAUCAACCUCAACAGGAGUAACACCUACCCAAUGCAGUGGUGAAGAAAAAUGUGUGUGGUCAGACUGGAUCAACCUUGGUCAGCCAACGUCUGGCUCUGAAGGUGGAGAUAAUGAAUCCAUUAAGAACCUUAUUGCUGCUGGUUAUCACAUUUGCUCUGCUCCAGAGGCAGUUGAAUGUAGAGCAAAACAAUACCCUGGACUUCAGAUCUCUCAUCUUGGCCAAGACGUGACUUGCAAUCCAUCCGUUGGACUGAUUUGUCAAAACAAUAUGCAAGGUCUUCAGCAAAAGUGCUUCGAUUACGAGAUUCGAGUGAAAUGUUGUCAAUGUGGAACCACAACACACAUCCCAUCCACCACAACAACAACAGUUCCUCUUGUCACUACUCCUAUAACUUUAACAUCGACACCUCCAGCUACAACAAAAACAACGACUCAGACUCCCAGCCCUAGACCAACUCCAACCACUACUCCUACAUCAACCUCAACAGGAGUAACACCUACCCAAUGCAGUGGUGAAGAAAAAUGUGUGUGGUCAGACUGGAUCAACCUUGGUCAGCCAACGUCUGGCUCUGAAGGUGGAGAUAAUGAAUCCAUUAAGAACAUCAUUGCUGCUGGUUAUCACAUUUGCUCUGCUCCAGAGGCAGUUGAAUGUAGAGCAAAACAAUACCCUGGACUUCAGAUCUCUCAGCUUGGCCAAGACGUGACUUGCAAUCCAUCCGUUGGACUGAUUUGUCAAAACAAUAUGCAAGGUCUUCAGCAAAAGUGCUUCGAUUACGAGAUUCGAGUGAAAUGUUGUCAAUGUGGAACCACAACACACAUCCCAUCCACCACAACAACAACAGUUCCUGUUGUCACUACUCCUACACCCACUACUACAACUUUAACAUCGACAGCUCCAGCUACAACAAAAACAACGACUCAGACUCCCAGCCCUAGACCAACUCCAACCACUACUCCUACAUCAACCUCAACAGGAGUAACACCUACCCAAUGCAGUGGUGAAGAAAAAUGUGUGUGGUCAGACUGGAUCAACCUUGGUCAGCCAACGUCUGGCUCUGAAGGUGGAGAUAAUGAAUCCAUUAAGAACAUCAUUGCUGCUGGUUAUCACAUUUGCUCUGCUCCAGAGGCAGUUGAAUGUAGAGCAAAACAAUACCCUGGACUUCAGAUCUCUCAUCUUGGCCAAGACGUGACUUGCAAUCCAUCCGUUGGACUGAUUUGUCAAAACAAUAUGCAAGGUCUUCAGCAAAAGUGCUUCGAUUACGAGAUUCGAGUGAAAUGUUGUCAAUGUGGAACCACAACACACAUCCCAUCCACCACAACAACAACAGUUCCUCUUGUCACUACUCCGACACCCACUACUACAACUUUAACAUCGACAGCUCCAGCUACAACAAAAACAACAACUCAGACUCCCAGCCCUAGUACAACUCCAACCACUACUCCUACAUCAACCUCAACAGGAGUAACACCUACCCAAUGCAGUGGUGAAGAAAAAUGUGUGUGGUCAGACUGGAUCAACCUUGGUCAGCCAACGUCUGGCUCUGAAGGUGGAGAUAAUGAAUCCAUUAAGAACAUCAUUGCUGCUGGUUAUCACAUUUGCUCUGCUCCAGAGGCAGUUGAAUGUAGAGCAAAACAAUACCCUGGACUUCAGAUCUCUCAGCUUGGCCAAGACGUGACUUGCAAUCCAUCCGUUGGACUGAUUUGUCAAAACAAUAUGCAAGGUCUUCAGCAAAAGUGCUUCGAUUACGAGAUUCGAGUGAAAUGUUGUCAAUGUGGAACCACAACACACAUCCCAUCCACCACAACAACAACAGUUCCUGUUGUCACUACUCCUACACCCACUACUACAACUUUAACAUCGACAGCUCCAGCUACAACAAAAACAACGACUCAGACUCCCAGCCCUAGACCAACUCCAACCACUACUCCUACAUCAACCUCAACAGGAGUAACACCUACCCAAUGCAGUGGUGAAGAAAAAUGUGUGUGGUCAGACUGGAUCAACCUUGGUCAGCCAACGUCUGGCUCUGAAGGUGGAGAUAAUGAAUCCAUUAAGAACAUCAUUGCUGCUGGUUAUCACAUUUGCUCUGCUCCAGAGGCAGUUGAAUGUAGAGCAAAACAAUACCCUGGACUUCAGAUCUCUCAUCUUGGCCAAGACGUGACUUGCAAUCCAUCCGUUGGACUGAUUUGUCAAAACAAUAUGCAAGGUCUUCAGCAAAAGUGCUUCGAUUACGAGAUUCGAGUGAAAUGUUGUCAAUGUGGAACCACAACACACAUCCCAUCCACCACAACAACAACAGUUCCUCUUGUCACUACUCCGACACCCACUACUACAACUUUAACAUCGACAGCUCCAAGGCAGUUGAAUGUAGAGCAAAACAAUACCCUGGACUUCAGAUCUCUCAGCUUGGCCAAGACGUGA